GAGCGGGAGCCGCGCGGGAGCAGCGCAGCGGCGGCGGUUGUGAUUCCGGGCCGUUGAGAUACCUCUGCGGCAUCUGGUGGCGCAGGUGGCUUGCGUGGACGCGGGCGGAGGCGGCCGACCCGUAACAGCAGCCUCUAGUGCCCGCGGCCCCGGCAGGCGCGUCCGGCCGCCCGGAGGCAUCCUCCUCCUCCUCCCGCCAGCCCCGGCUGCGCGGCCAGGCUCGCCGCCUCGGCUCCAGUCUGCCUUCCCGCAUCCCCUCGCUUCCCGCACCGCCGCAGCUCCUUCCUGGCCUUGGGACCCGCGGCAUCACCCUCGAAACAUGACUCGCGAUUUCAAGCCUGGAGACCUCAUCUUCGCCAAGAUGAAAGGUUAUCCUCAUUGGCCAGCUCGAGUAGAUGAAGUUCCUGAUGGAGCUGUAAAGCCACCCACAAACAAACUACCUAUUUUCUUUUUUGGAACUCAUGAGACUGCUUUUUUAGGACCAAAGGACAUAUUUCCUUACUCUGAAAAUAAGGAAAAGUACGGCAAGCCAAAUAAACGAAAAGGUUUUAAUGAAGGUUUAUGGGAGAUAGAUAACAAUCCGAAAGUUAAAUUUUCAAGUCAACAGGCCUCAACUAAACAAUCAAAUGUAUCAUCUGAUGUUGAAGUUGAAGAAAAAGAAACCAGUGUUUCAAAGGAGGAUACUGAUCAUGAAGAAAAAGCCAGUAACGAGGAUGUGAGUAAAGCAAUUGAUAUAACUACUCCAAAGGCUGCCCGAAGAGGGAGAAAGAGAAAGGCAGAAAAACAAGUAGAAACGGAGGAGGCAGGGGUAGUGACAACAGCAGCAGCAUCUGUUAAUCUAAAAGUGAGCCCAAAAAGAGGACGACCUGCAGCUACAGAAGUCAAGAUUCCAAAACCAAGAGGCAGACCCAAAAUGGUAAAACAACCUUGUCCUUCAGAGAGUGACAUGGUAACCGAAGAAGACAAAAGUAAGAAAAAGGGGCAAGAGGAGAAACAACCUAAAAAACAGCUUAAAAAGGAUGAAGAAGGCCAGAAGGAAGAAGAUAAGCCAAGAAAAGAGCCCGACAAAAAAGAGGGGAAGAAAGAAGUUGAAUCAAAAAGGAAAAAUUUAGCUAAAGCAGGGGUUACAACAACCUCUGAUUCAGAAGAAGAAGAUGAUCAAGAAGGUGAAAAGGUAAAGAGAAAAGGUGGAAGAAACUUUCAGGCUGCUCAUAGAAGGAAUAUGAUGAAAAGCCAACAUGAGAAAGAAGCAGCAGAUAGAAAACGCAAACAAGAGGAACAAAUGGAAACUGAGCAGCAGAAUAAAGAUGAAGGAAAGAAGCCAGAAGUUAAGAAAGUGGAGAAGAAGCGAGAAACAUCAAUGGAUUCUCGGCUUCAAAGGAUACAUGCUGAAAUCAAAAAUUCACUUAAAAUUGAUAAUCUUGAUGUGAACAGAUGUAUUGAGGCCUUGGAUGAACUUGCUUCACUUCAGGUCACAAUGCAACAGGCUCAGAAACACACAGAGAUGAUUACAACACUGAAAAAAAUACGGCGAUUUAAAGUUAGUCAGGUUAUCAUGGAAAAAUCUACUAUGUUGUACAACAAGUUUAAGAACAUGUUUUUGGUUGGUGAAGGAGAUUCUGUGAUCACACAAGUGCUGAAUAAAUCUCUUGCUGAACAAAGACAGCAUGAGGAAGCAAAUAAAACCAAAGAUCAAGGGAAGAAAGGGCCAAACAAAAAGCUAGAAAAGGAACAAACAGGUUCAAAGACUUUAAAUGGAGGAUCUGAUGCUCAAGACAGUAGUCAGCCACAGCAUAAUGGAGACAGCAAUGAAGAAAGCAAAGACAGCCAUGAGGCCAGCACUAAGAAAAAGCCAUCCAGUGAAGAGAGAGAGACUGAAAUAUCUCUGAAAGAUUCUACAGUAGAUAAUUAGGUUGGCAUACCUAGAAAGAAAGAACAUUUGAGAAGUUUGUAAUGGUUUUCAUUUGAAAUACUGAGACUGCUGAAAGUUUUAAAUUUUUGUAAGCAUAGGUUUUGAGGUUUAAAACUCAUUUUGAGGGAGAAAAUCCCAUUAUCUUUGUUUAAAAGUAAUUAACCAUUAUUGCUAUUUGUACUUGUGCAGUAUUAACAGCUACAUUAUACAGUAAAUGUGGGAAAAAAUCCAUUUAGAAAAUGUUAAACUGCUUUUCCAAACAUUAUGGUUGUAGCAUAUUUUCAAUUUGUGUAUGUUAAUGUGUAAUUGAUAGUAGAAAAAGGUUACAUUUUAAAAACUGCUACUUAUAUAAAUCUUUCCUCUUUUCCCAAAUACCGUGUUUUUUGUGCAGUUUUUACAAAUCUUGGAUUUACCUAUCUUUUCACUGUUUGUGGGUUUUGUAGAAGUUGAGCAUUUUUAUGGUAGAUAAAAUGUUACUUCUAUACAAGUACUCACUCCUUUUUAUCAAAAGUUAAUUUUAAUCUCAUAGCCUACAUUGUGCAAUUAUCCUGCUUCUUUGUAACAAUGUGUGGUCUGUAUGACUUUUUGUAUGACAAAUAGCUAUCCAACUAAAGUUGAACUGGCAAUCCUGUGAGGUACAAAACUUGUGUUAAUUUUUGAAGGUAAUUUAGUUUUGUGCAGGGAAUCCAGUGAAAUGAUAUGACUGUCCUGCAGAGAGCAGAAUGGGUUAUAAUUUGGAAUGAAUCUGGCUUUAGGGUUAUUACCCCUCAUGAAAUCAACCAUCAAAUAUUCUUUAUAAGCACUAGUAACUAAAUAUUGAGAACUAAAAGAUUAAAAUUUAUUUUUGAGAAAUGUCUCAGACUUCUACGUUAAAAAAAAAAUCAAUCCAUGUUUACGCAGUAAAUGUAAGUAAAAACUAUAAAGAAACUAGACUGUUUUGAAAACAUGGCUACAUUAGAAGGGAAUUUUCAUUUAUUUCUAUACCAUAUAUGUGACAGGAUUGCAAAGAAUAGAAACGUAAGUUGCUUUGAGGCAGCAGACAAAAUACGUCACUAAGGACUAUGAACCGAUGUUAAGAAAAUUAAGAGUUCUAAGACGUUUUGAGUGUUAGGUCAGUUAGUGUUUUUCAGUAGCGAAAAGAGACUUCCAACAUUUUGAAAGUAAAUCAAUGUGUGAAAAUGACUUAAUACGAGGUAGAGUUAUACUUGAUGCCAGUGGUUUUUAAGUUGCCAAUAAAAAAAAAAAUGUAUGUAUGUCACAUGUAUUGCCCCUCAUAGAUAACUGUUUUCAACUAAUUUUGAAUUACAAUAAUUGGAUUUCUGAUUUUGAGGAGCUUUACAAUGGCACUAGGACCCACUGUUUUGAGGGGACUCUGCUUUAAUAUUGUAUAAACCAGUCAUUAUCUGUUUGGAUUUGGACAGAUUUAUUCUAGUUAAGCCAUAGUGUCAAGACCUGUAAACCUGUUUUCAUUAAAGAAUUUUUCUAUCAAACUCUACUAGUUAAUUACUUCUUUGCUGUUUACAAGAGGAAGUGACAGAAUUCUAGAUUUGCUGCCAAGGAAAUGCUUUCUUAAGUUAACUGGUCAGAGAUUGUGUUGUUUGGGGGAGACUGGAAAACUAAAAAAGCUCAAAAUGAUAAAAGUAAAGGAAAUGUUUAUCAUUUUGUUCACCUCCCUUUUCUUCCGUGCCAACAGUGCAAUUUUAACAAGAAGCCACAGAAUAUUUGGUUUUACAGAUCUAGCAGCAUUCUGAUCAUGAUUUAUGUCUAUUUGCAUGAGUUGACCCUGCUCUAGCCAAACGAUAUGUGUUGUUUUAAAGCAGUUACCUUCUCUUUCAUCUUAACCCUCAGAUUAUUUCUCAAAGAGUGAUUCACAGAUAACUACCAUUCUAGUACUCUUAAGAAGUCAUCUAAGGUAAGGAAUAAUUAUCAAGAACUUUGAGGAGCAUUGGCUCAAUUUAAAUUGUGUAUUUGAUCAAGGCUCCACAGCUGAACAAGUCAAGUCACUAAGAGAUGCCUUCUUAUUUAAAGGUAGCUACCCAUUCCCUUCAGAUAUCAAAAACAAAACCUACUUUGUUAUUGGAUAACAUUUUUAAGAGUAAGUUAUUUAUGACCUAGCAGAAUCAACUGUUAAUUUUCUCAGCUACUCGGAGAAAUUUAAGAUUGAUCAUUUGAAUUGGAAAAGCUGAUUGCUGCUCUGUAUGUAGCAAACAGCUUGACCUUGAAACUUAAAGCCUUAUAAUAACUAUUAAAUUUUGUGGUUUUAUAUUUUACCCAAGUUUUUCCUGAUACAGUGGUCUAGUAUACUAAACUUGGGUGUACUCCACAUACACUUACCUGGUGAAAGAUGUCAGCUCAAGAAUUAGAUCUGCCAUUUAAUUGUAAUUCUGUACAAAAGCAAAGGCUCUUACAGGGCUCUGAGAGGGCUCCAUUAACAGUGUAUCUUAUCUAACUGGCCAGAGAAAAGGACAAUCUAUUGGAAAUAGCAAACCCAUAUUAUUAAACCUUCAAGAAAUGAAGAAACGUAUAUAGGCAGAAAUGUGUUUGUAUUUAUGCCGUGUAAUUCCUCAACCUUAGAAAUGACUAACCUUUCUACCAAUCAAAUCACAAUGUCUAAUUUUCCUUAAAUUAGAAGGCUGAAACAGAUGUUUAAGGAAAUAGCUCUUGCUUUUCUAUAGUGAUUUUGUACCUGUUGAUAAUCUCUAACUACAGAGCAUCUUGUUUGCUAAUUCCUAUUUUCAUAUUUGCUUUUCUUAGAUAAAAUUACUGUAUGUAAUAUAACUGUCUGAGCCUUUGUAACUUUGGUGAAAAAGUUAAAAUGAAGAACCAGCAGCAAAAUAUUCUCAAUAAAUGAUGAAACAGUUUAGUAGCAGAAAAGGAACAUUUUACGUGACAUUUUUCUUAUUUGUCCACUAAAAUGAACCAAUUGAUUUGCACUACACAUGGAAUAAUGUAUUAGAAGAGCACACUUUCUGAAAUUUCCUGUUUUGACAGUAGGAAAUGACUUUUGCACACAGUACUUUUGUACACAGACCAUUGCUAUUAAUACAAGACCUAUAAGGAAUAUAGUAUUAAAAGGAAGCAGUAAAAUGACAUUUUUACCUGCAGACUUACUUUUAAUCUAUGGUUUUCCAGCAGAUUUGUCAGUAUGCUCAAUGUUAGCACCACUGCAUAUAGGAAAGCAAAAUUUUAGAUACGUUAGCCAGCCAUGGGGGACCUCUUAGUUGUCUUUAUAUACUUCCCCUUGUAUACUGAUUGAAUCAGUGAAUGAAAACACCCCUAGACAUACCAGAAACAGGUGCUUGGCAUCUCCACACCAACUGACUUAAUUGGAAAUGUGGCAUUUAAAUCCAUAAAGCAUAUUUCACUGCCAAUCUUUUAAACAAGUAUAUAGCCUUCAUCAGUUUUUUAUUUAUAUGGCAAAAUUCUGUUUUUAGCCAUCCAGAGAAAUGUGGAGUUCAGCUGAAUUUAAAUAUAACCUAGAAGAAAGAAAGUGAAGCUUAAAUAUGACACAUUUAAAAUGAACUAUUUUAUUAGCAUUCCAUAAGAAAAAAUUUCCACCCCAAAAUGGAAAAUGUUCCCAGAAAGUAUUUCAGUAUAGAUAGCUACAAUUUUCUCUGAUGAAUAGACGUCAGAAAUUAUUUUGAAAUUUCUCUUUGGCUUAGGAUGAGAAGAGCAUAAUUUAGGAAUGUCAUAGUAAAGAGUUGGGCCAGAAAAACUAUUGUAUUUCCAUUUUUGGGAAAUUGUGUGUAACUGCCCAAGAAUAAUAAGUGAGCUAGAGCUAGCAAUGCACAGGGUCUUGCUUUCUCCUUACCCAGUAAUUGUAUUACCUAAAAUCUGCUAACUAACUUCAUUUUAUUGUCAUAAAAAUAUUAAAUUGACAAACAUUUGGCAUUUCUGAUCACAAAACAUUCUGGUGAAGAAUAAAGUUUCAAUUUAAUGGUUA